UCAGCCAAUCAGAAGCCAGGGGACUUUCAGUGCGGCGUUUGAAUUUUUGAGGCAGAAGCUUCAGAAAGAUCGUGGAAUAACGCGUAAAAUAAAGUUUAAAAGUGUCAAAACAGCGUUUGGCGAUCGUUUAAAUCUCUUUAAAUCUGAGAUCUGCGGCGGGAGGACAGAAUGAGGAAAAGUGAGAUCCAUGCUGCGGAGUCUGUAUCAUGUCUGAACAAGGCUCUCAAUCAACUGAAGGAUAUCUGGGAGGAGAUCGGCAUCCCAGAAGACCAGAGACUGCAGCGCACAGAUGCCGUUCACAUGCACAUCAAGAACCUGCUGGACAUGAUGAUCUCAGAGGAGGAGGGGCUAAAGACACGCUUGCUGAGCAGUAUUAAUGCCUGCAGGAAAGAAGUGACCAGCUUGUGUGACGAGCUUCAGCUAUCUGAAUUUCAGGAGGAGGUCGGCCUCACAAUGCUGCAGUUGGAAAAGGACCUCCGUACGCAGGUGAAGAUUAUGCUGAAAGAGAAGAGUUCUCGUCAGAGCGAGCUCAUGUCUCUGAUUCAGAAGGAUCAAGAUCUGUGUGAUGUUCUGUGUGAGGACCUCUACCCCAUCCACCCCGAACAAGUGCCAUCACAACAGCAGCUGCAGAACUACAGGCAACACAUCACCCACCGCAACCAGGAGAAGGAGCGUCGUCAUGCAGAGUUUGUUGAAAUGAAGCGUCAAAUCACUGUACUAAUGGAGGAUCUGGAGCAGCUUCCUGACAGCACCUUUGAGAGAGACGCUGUAUGUGAGGAUGAAGACGCCUUCUGCCUUUCAACAGAAAAUAUCAACUCGCUCAAAGUGUUACUGCGGCAGCUUGAAACUCGUAAAGCUGCGAGUGAAGCGCUGUGUGUGUCCAUUCGUAGUCGGAUCGAGGAGCUGUGGAAGAUGCUACAGAUUCCUGUCGAAGAGAGAGAGACUAUCAUGCAGAACACACACACUAGCACAAAGAGCCAUUUGAAUGCACUGCAGGCAGAGCUCCAGCGCUUGGAAGAGCUAAAAAAUAAAAACAUUGAACGUGUAAUUCAGACAAUAAGAGUGGAGAUUGUGACGUUCUGGGAGAAAUGUUACUACAGUCGAGAGCAGAGACAAGCUUUCACGCCUUACUACAGUGAUGAUUUGGACGAGGAGGUGUUGCGUGAACAUGAGCUGGAAUUGGAACAACUGAAGCUAGAUUAUAUGGAACACAGCGAGCUGUACGACGCCGUUUCAACCUGGAGCAGCAACUGGACUCUGUAUCAAGAGCUAGAGAAAAAAGCCACAGACCCUUCUCGCUUUAACAACAGAGGAGGAAACCUGCUGAAAGAGGAGAAACAGAGAGCGGACCUGCAGAAGAGUCUGCCGAAGCUGGAGAAGAGUCUGAAGGCUCAGAUUGACCAGUGGGAAGAGGUGCACGGUAAAGAGUUCCGCGUGAACGGACAGCCAUUCCUGCAAUAUGUGGAAGACCAAUGGAAUCAACACCGGAUGGAGAAAGAGAGAGGAAAACAGGAACGGCAAAUGAAGAAAUUGAAACAGACUGAGGAAGACCUGCUGUAUGGCACUCUUAUCAGAACACCAAACAAGAGAAGACUCGCAGCCACCCCGACACCAGGCAAAACACGCAAGCUGAUCACCACCUCUAGUAUUUGCUCCACCCCCAACACGACACUCCGUUCCACAUGUCCCUCCCCUGCUAUGAGACCGCCCCUUUCCACUAGCAAGUUGGGUGUGCGAACACCCGCUCGUGGCCGAACUCCUCGCGGUCUAGAGAGAAACAAGGAGAACAUUUCUCAUCUGAACGGAGCCUUGCGCACUAUGACCGCCAGCCCUAAUAGAAACUACUCCAUCACGUCUGUGGCCUCCUCCUACUCGGAGUUUGCGAAGGAUUCAGAAUCCACUGCAGUAUCCAGCGGGAGCUCUCAAACGCCUCUAAAUCCAAUGUCAAGACUGGAGUUUUGAACUCCACCAUCACACGCUGAAUGCUGGUGGAGCAAACCUGCUCAGCUGAACUGUUGGCCUACAUCAGUGAAGACAAAAAAAGUUUUUAUAGAGAUAUUGAAUGUAAAUCAUCAUGAAUUUAUAGCAGUAUUGUAAAUAUUUUAGCUCUGCGUUUUGGCCUUUUCUCUCGACCUUUUUUCCCCUUUAUUUAACUGUUCUUUUUAUGAGUUUUGAAUGAAUGAUUUUCUGUUUUUGAGCUUGACAUUUAUUAAAUCACUUGAUACAGUUUUUAUAAAAACUUUGCUAACACUGAUCUAAUGGCUCUGAGACGAAUUUGAUCUUUUGUACUUUAAAAUCAAGAUUGCAUUUUGAUGCAUAUAAGGAUUUUUGGCAUUUUACUUUAUUUUACAUCAACACUACCUUUUUUUAUUGGCAUCACUCCUUUGAAAUAGCAGCUGAUGUGGUGGUUGGCAACCUGUAAAUAAAUGUUUGUUUUC